UCCUGCAUUUCAUAGUUUUCUGUUUGAUAUCACUGUGAAUGUUAUUGUCUAAAUGUUCAUCCAUCCUGUAUAUUCUAUAUAAAGCUGCAAUUAGCUUUGUUAGUUUUCAUCAUUAGCAGCACUAAUUUCAAACCCAUGGUCAAACUCAUAGCAGACAGUUUGAGAGAUUAAUAAGGGAUGCUCUUUUGUUUUUGAUUGGUCAUAAUUAUGAUUUUUUUCUUGGACAGUUUGAUGGUAUAGGAAUGUUGAGCUUCUGAUUAAUUUAGGAAGACUUGUAUUAGAUCUGACCGAGCAAGGAAAACCUUGUGGAUCCGUAAGUAGUCUAUGUCUAGAAAAAUUUCACUCUAUUCAUUUUUAGUGCGUCAGAAAGAGUAUGUUGCAGGACCUUGUAUCUUUUGGUGCGGACCCCCUUUUUGUCUUCCAACAAGGUUGGUAUUCAAUAUAACUGGCAAGGUUUGAUUUCAGAGUUCUAUUGAGCGCUGGGUCAAUCAGUCAAUUAGAAAAGCACCUCUCAUUUCAUGUUUUAUGUAUCUCCGACUUCCUGAUGAACUUUCUGCAAUAGUUGGUCUUUUAAGGUUCUUGGUUCAACUGAAAAAAUUUAGGAGUCUUGUGUGCUUUGCAGAUGGGCACCUUCAAGCGACGUGCGAAUUGUGUUCAGGCUGUUGUCUGCAUGCCCUGGCAUCUACUUCCCUCAUUGCCCAUUCUCAGAAGUUGUCCUAUAAGAACACCUUAAAGAUCUAUAUCUAUAUGAAUGUUUUACGUACCAUAUUUCUUUGUUUGAACCCUGAGACACAUGAGAUCACUGACUUUUGCAGCUUCUACAUUCUCCCUUCUUCAAUAUUUGGCAGCCAAAAUUACUCGACAUCGAAAGCUGCUUCCUCGUACGACAAUGUGGUUACUCAGACUCCUUUGCUCCAGCUGAUGAAUGAUGCUCUCAUUGUGGCGAAACAGAAGGACUAUGAUGUGUUCAAUGCGUUAGAUGUCAUGCAUAAUGAAUCUUUCUUGAAGGAGCUGAAAUUCGGGCCUGGUGAUGGUCAGCUUCAUUAUUAUCUGUACAACUACUGGAUACGACAGGCUUUGAGGCCAUCUGAGCUAGGGCUCGUGCUUUUGUAGUUAGUUGCACCAGGCAAAGAAUUUAUACUUAUCUUCAUUGAGAGGACCAGGAAAAAUGCGUUGUUUGAUGUCUUAUUUGUGGAUGAUGGUUUGUUUGCUUGACUCACAAUGGUUGUCUGGCAGUUUGAUCUUAUCUUGUGUGAAGGACUUUUAUAUGUGAUCAAAUUCUCUGUAGUCUUUCUUGAGACGGUUGUUGGAUAUUUCUUACACCUGAUUGUGUAUAGUUCUUCUUUA